AAGCCCAGUCCGAGCCAGGGCCCAUAGGCGAGUUGAGUGGUGGACAGAGAACAACAUCACGUUGCAGCUGAAUUACCGUCGAUCCACAUAGAUAACCGGUCACUUCAGGAGCCACGAUGGGGAGGUGCGAGAUGGCUCUUGUGUCCCUUCUUAUUAUGUCUCUCUUGAACGCUGAAUUGACAUGGGCUAAAAGAAGCAGCGGCAGCAGCAGCAAGAAAACCUCAUCUAUCAGCAACAGGGGUGGGACACAAUCAAAACCAUCUAGCUCUCAGCCAGGAAGCUAUCCCCGACAGCCACAGAGUCCCAAUCGAAACACCAAUCCAUACCCUUCUGGUGGGAGUUACCCUUAUCCUGGAACAGGCAACACUAAUCCAGGAGGAUAUCCCAAGCAAAACCCAGGAAGUUAUCCAGGAACUGGUAGUAACCCCAACCAGUAUCCUGGUAGAGUCAAUCCUGCAGGUUAUCCAAACCAGAACCCUGCAGGUGGUCAACCUGCUGCAGGUGGAUACCCAGCCGCUGGAGGGUAUCCUAACCAAUAUCCACCUGGUGGAAGCUACCCAGCAGCAGGUGGCUAUCCUAACCAAUAUCCAGGCAGAGCUGGAGGAUAUCCUAACCAGUACCCAGCUGCAGGAGGCUACCCUGCUGCAGGAGGCUACCCUGCUGCAGGAGGAUACCCUGCUGGAGGAGGCUACCCUGCUGGAGGUGGUUAUCCUAACCAGAGUCCAGGAAGGAAUAAUCCCAAUCAGUAUCCAGCUGCUGGGGGCUACCCAGCAGCAGGCGGCUAUCCCAACCAAUAUCCAGGCAGGGGAGGAAUCAGUCCGGGUGGGUACCCAUACCAGUAUCCAGCAGCAGGUGGUUACCCAGUCAGAGGGGGGAAUACAGGACAGGGUUGGGGUCUGCCUGGUGCAAAUCCAGGGAGCUACCCUGGUGGAGCGGUUGGUGGUUACCCCAACUGGAACCCUAAUAAUAAGAUCCUCAGUCCCCGCUUUGGUGGAGGAGGCUAUGGAUAUGGUGGUUAUGGGAUGGGAGGGUCUCCUUUCUCUCGUUCCGUGCAGAGUAUGGGAUACAAGCCAAAGUCAACAGGUUUUGCCAAAAAAGCUAUGGUGGCAGCAGGUGUUGGUGCUGUGGCUGGAAUGGCCAUUGGAUAUGGAAUAGGGCGAUUCCCUAGACCACAUUUCAGUUUCCGCAACCCCGAAGAAGAGUUCUACUACAAUAACUACAUGUACCGCCGUUAUGGCUCCCAAUCCACAGAUGAAAAAGACUUUGGUCGUGAUUAUGUUUACAACCCUCCGCCACGGGCAGUGACUUACGAGAACUUCAUGGAUAGCUGUAUGAAUAGGACUGACCUGCUGAAAGAUCAGGGCAGCAGCUCUCCCACUCCUAAGAGUGGAGGUGAGGAGGAGAAGGAUGACACCGUCAGCAUUGAGGAGAUUGGAUACCCGGCACUAAUUGAGCAAAUGAAGGCACGGCGCUGUGUUGAGCAGUACAUGGUUUAUUCUGAGCGCUUUCUGCAGGAACGAAAAGCUGAGCAACAACUCCAGCACAGUCACAGCAGCCCUCUGAGCUACGGGGUGAUACAGCUUUUGACCUCCCUUUUAAUGCUAUUGUCCAGCAUGCUCCUGCUCCAGUGAGAACGCUUAGCCUUCCUUUUGCCAGACCCCAGUGGGUUUCCACUUCCUUCGCUAUAGCUGCACGCCCAUUGUCUUCCUGUUGCACAGUGGGAUAGUCAUAAGUCAGAUGUUGGUCAGUCUGUUAAUACCUCUGUUUGCAUUUCCCAAACUAUAGCCUCCCCUGGGUGUCAUGAUGUGUCUCUGUCCAGUAAUAGCUGGGAAAUUUUGCUCUCCUUUUCCACAGUAGUGUUUAGUGAUUUUGUUGAUACUCUAUUUCUUUGUGUUUGUGAUUCUUUUUACUGUUGCAGCUUGUUUUUGUUUAUCUGACUAUUUUAGUUAAUUAUUUCCCUCUACGUUUUGUAAAACACUUUGUAAGUGUGCUUUGAAAAAGGCUACAUACGUUUGCAGGCUGUCAGCAAUGCCAUUUUCGAGUAAAUAUUCAGUUUAUUGAAAAAAUGUCACUUUUCAUCAAAGUCUGCUUUUUGGACAGAGUGAUAUCAGUCAAAUCUGUGUUUUGUGAAGUUCUUAGUAAGUUCACACAUACAAUAUUUAGUGUGUAGUAACCUAUAUGUAAAGCCGAAAUGAAGAGUCAUGUGUGGUACUGUCCGAAUACUUAAAAGUAUACUGUGCAGUAUAUCUGGAAGUGAUUGUAUGCACUCUUUUAUUGUGAUGAUUCUUUAUUUUGUUCUUACCCAGCCAGUCCUACUUCACAUUUCUUUAAUUCUUUUAAUCUCCCAGUCAAUUGGUUUUCAUACUCCAAACCAGUGGAGUACCCCAGAGUUUUUCCUUUAAAUUUUUGUUGAUUGUGGCAAAAUGAUUUCAGUCGAUUUGAAAAAAAAAAAAAAAAUUGACAUUCUCAUACUAUCUAGGCUCUAGGAUAUCUGUGAAGUGCACUUAUUUCCCUCUAGGACUGGAUAUUCCGUAACCACAUCACUGAGCUCGCACUGGUAGAAUAGGCAACUGUGGCAAUUUUCUGUUUUUAACAACUGUAAACAUUUUACUCAUCAAGUAAUAAGACUAAUACGAUUUAAUAUGGUCUGUCAUGGAUGUUUUUUAUGUUAAAUAAAAUAAGUAACAAAAU